UGUGUGUGUGUGUGUAAGAUGGCCAUCCACGUGGAAGGAUUGGUUGCCAUUGUCAUCUUCUAUCUGCUUAUUCUGUUUGUGGGAAUAUGGGCGGCAUGGAAAAACAAAAACAGUGGAACCGAAACGGGUACAGAUCGAAGUGAAUCUAUUAUGGUUGGUGGAAGAGAUAUUGGAUUAUUUGUAGGCGGAUUUACCAUGACCGCCACUUGGGUUGGAGGGGGCUACAUCAAUGGGACAGCUGAAUAUGUCUAUUUGCCUGGCUACGGGCUGGCUUGGGCACAAGCACCAUUCGGUUAUGCUCUCAGCUUGGUUGUGGGUGGUCUGUUCUUUGCCAAACCCAUGCGCUCGCGGGGCUACGUGACUAUGCUGGAUCCCUUUCAGCAGCUGUAUGGGAAACGAAUGGGUGGACUGCUCUUCAUUCCUGCCUUAAUGGGAGAGAUCUUCUGGUCCGCAGCUAUUCUGUCUGCUCUUGGGGCGACAUUGAGUGUGAUCGUGGAUAUCAACAUUAACAUGUCUGUGGUCAUCUCCGCCCUAAUUGCCAUCUUCUACACGCUAGUGGGUGGCCUGUACUCUGUGGCGUACACAGAUGUGGUGCAGCUCUUCUGCAUUUUCCUCGGCCUGUGGAUCAGUGUGCCUUUUGCUCUGUCCAACCCUGCUGUGUCAGACAUAGGCGUCACCGCGGUGAAAGAGGUUUUUCAGACUCCGUGGCUGGGUCAAAUCAAUGCAGGAGACACGUGGAUGUGGAUGGAUAAUUUCUGCCUUCUGAUGUUGGGGGGAAUUCCCUGGCAGGUCUAUUUUCAACGGGUUCUUUCUGCCUCUUCAGCUACCUACGCCCAAGUCCUCUCCUUCCUGGCCGCUUUCGGCUGUCUGGUUAUGGCCGUCCCCUCAGUUCUGAUUGGAGCCAUAGGAGCCUCUACAGACUGGAACCAGACGACCUAUGGCCCCAUUCCACCAAUGGAGAAAGAUGAGUCAGAUAUGAUUCUGCCCAUCGUGCUCCAACAUCUUUGCCCAGCCUACAUUUCCUUUUUUGGCUUGGGAGCAGUUUCGGCAGCGGUGAUGUCAUCGGCGGAUUCAUCCAUUCUCUCAGCCAGCUCCAUGUUUGCAAGGAACAUCUAUCAGUUGGCUUUCCGGCAAUCAGCGUCGGACCGUGAGAUUGUCUGGGUCAUGAGGAUCACCAUCUUUGUCUUUGGCGCCUUGGCAACGGCCAUGGCCCUGUUGACAGGCACGGUCUACGGCUUGUGGUACCUGAGCUCUGACUUGGUCUACGUCAUCAUCUUCCCCCAGCUCCUCAGCGUGCUUUUUGUCAAGGGCACCAACACCUACGGCUCUGUGGCUGGAUACGUCUUUGGCUUGCUCUUGCGCAUUGGUGGUGGAGAGCCUUACCUCAGGUUGCCGCCUUUCAUAUACUAUCCCGGCUGGUACAAAGAGGCCAAAGUGCACCACCUCACGAAAGAGGUAGAGUACAUCAUAGUGCAGAAGUUCCCCUUCAAGACGGUUUCCAUGUUGGCGUCGUUCCUUAGCAAUGUGGCCUUCUCUUAUUUGGCGAAGUACCUCUUUGAAAGUGGGACAUUGUCCCCCAAGUACGACUUCUUGGACGCUGUUCUUUCCAAGCACAGUAAGGAGAUCAUGGACAAGACGACCUUGGUGAACAAUGACAACAUCAUUCUGUCUGAGAUGGCUCCGGUCAAACCGCGUCUCAGCACGUCGCUGGCGGGAACGUUCACAAACAAAGAAGCACUUAGCGACGACGGAGACACCAGCCCAGACUCAAACAAUGAACAUGACUAG